CACCUGGCCGACCGCUUCGCCGGCGUGCGGGGCCUGCCGUCCACGCCCGACGAGCUCGCUGCGCUGGCCGGUCGCGUCGACGUCGUCAUCAGCACCGUACCGCCCACCGCCGGCUUCACCCUCCCCGACGCCUUCUUCCGCCGGCCCAGCGGCGCCGACGCCGCCAGCGCCGCGGCGGGCCUGGUCGUGGUCGAGCUGGUGCGACAGUGUGCCAAGAAUGACGAGAAUGUGGUGCGGGUGGAGGUGGUGGAGGGCAUCGAAAUCCUGCUAGCGCAGGGUCUGGCCCAGUUCGAGAUCUGGACCGGGCGGGAGGCGCCCCGGGCCGCCAUCAUCGAGAAGAUCGUGGCCACCUUCAAGGACGGCCUCUACGCCUCGCCUCUCCCCACCUCCUUUCAGUAA